CCAAGGUGUCCCUUACUGAGAGGUUUCUCUGUAGUUACAUUGAUGACUGUAGCUACCUACAUUUGGUGGUGUCUCACAUAUCUGCCUUUUUGACAGGUGAAGGUGUCUAACCUAUUCUCCGAGCUAUUUGAUGUGCUCAUGAAACACAAGGUUCGAAUAGAGCCCAACUACACGUCAGUGGUGAUGGCCAUCAUGGUGAUAGAUGGACUGGGGAGGUCCCUGGACCCCAGUCUCAAUCUCCUGGAGGCUGUCACUCCCUGCCUGCUCCACAGAGCCAGGACACAACUCACUGACUACAUUGUAGGCUCUUGACACCUAGAGUCAACUUCUGCUGUUUGUGUCU